AUGUGUACGUAAAACUAGACCGAAUAUUCACUUCCUUGUUCCGGGUUGGUUUCUUUUCGGUAAUAAAAAGUGAAACUCAAUUUCUCAAGUAAUUUCUCCCGCUUUUACUAAUUGACAUCCGAAACAAGUUGGAAUGAUCUGAGAGAACCUGUGAAAGAUUUACCAUGGGAUGCCUACAGAGUAAAAAUGCCCAACAAGAAACCAGGCCCUACCCUAAAUCAGAUCAUACUAGCGAUUUUAACAGCAGACCACCGAAUGAUAUCCCCAUUUCAGGCGUGAACACGUUUGAAAAUCGCAUACCUGAUGCAAUCCUGCCAUCAACACGUCCCACUGCUAAAAAAGAUGUCCUUACAUAUAUCGCCCUCUAUGACUACGAGGCACGAUCAGACGAUGAUCUUUCAUUCAAGAAAGGAGAGAAGUUGGAGAUUCUAAAUAACACAGACGGGGAUUGGUGGUUAGCUAAAUCAACAGUGACUGGAAGAGAGGGGUACAUCCCUAGUAACUACAUAGCUCCUGUGAAGAGCAUAGAUGCUGAAGAUUGGUACUUUGGCAAGGUCGGUCGUAAGGAUGCAGAGAAGAAGCUCCUGGCUCCCGGGCUUCAGAAAGGAACUUUUAUUGUGAGAGAUGGAGAGGCAAAUCCCGGUACAUUCUCUCUGUCUGUGCGAGACUACGACCCGGGUAAAGGGGAGCAUAUCAAGCAUUACCGAAUCAGAAAACUGGACAAUGAUUCCGGCUAUUACAUCACACAACGAAGCCAGUUCCAAACACUGCUAGAACUCGUCCACCACUAUGAACAAUCUGCCGAUGGAUUGUGUUGUUCACUGUCCACACCAUGCCCGAAGGAGAAUCCUAAUACCGCUGGUCUUGGCAAGGACAUGUGGGAGAUACCAAGAGAGUCACUCAGACUAGAUUCCAAGCUCGGCGCAGGACAGUUUGGAGAAGUAUGGAAAGGUCUGUGGAAUGGUAAUACAGAGGUCGCUGUCAAAACCCUGAAGCCAAAGACUAUGACCCCGGCAGCCUUCCUGGCUGAGGCCACCAUUAUGAAGACAUGUAGACAUGAAAACCUGGUACAGCUCUACGCAGUCUGCUCAGAUAGGGAACCUAUUUACAUCGUGACAGAGUUGAUGAAACAUGGCAGUCUUUUAGAUUACUUGAAAGACGGAGACGGUCGACACCUGAAACUACCUCAGCUUGUAGACAUGGGAGCACAGAUUGCCAAUGGGAUGGCGUACCUAGAAAGGAAGAACUUUGUUCAUCGAGAUCUCGCUGCGAGGAAUGUGUUGGUGAACACUGGUAAUAUCUGUAAAGUAGCUGACUUUGGCCUUGCCCGAAUGAUAGAGGAUAACGAGUACCAGGCAAGACAAGGUGCGAAGUUCCCCAUCAAGUGGACGUCACCAGAGGCUGCCCUCUAUGGCCGAUUCACAAUCAAAUCUGAUGUCUGGUCGUUUGGUAUUCUAUUAACUGAGCUGGUCACCUAUGGUCGUAUUCCCUAUCCAGGUAUGAUGAACAUGGAAGUAUUAGAGCAGGUCGAAAGAGGUUACAGGAUGCCAUGCAUGCACAACUGCCCCGACUCCCUCUACGACAUGUGUAUGUUAAAAUGCUGGCACAAAGAUCCCCAGCAAAGACCUACGUUUGAAUUCCUGCAAUCAUUCCUGGACGACUACUUCGUCUCGACGGAACCAAACUACCGAGAGGCCGACUGAGUCACGGAGGGGUGGUAGUAGCGACGUUCCCACUGCUGCAGAUAUUGGUGUGUGUUGUACUGUGAGAGUGGUGCGCAACCCUACAGCUUGCCAUCCAUGAGCUCAGAAGAGAGAUCAGAAGGGUGCUUCACUGACAAAUUUGCUCUAAGCCAAUCAGAUGCAUGGAUUUCAGCAGCUUAUCACAAAUAGUCAGUGGAAUUCACUGACCAUCUGUUCAGUGGAAUGCUCCCCCGAUGGGGAAAUGUUUCACAUAUCUUUUUCUGCAGCAGUGGUAACUCAUCAAAAUAAUGAUAUAGAACUUAUAAAGUGAAUAUUUAUCUAAUUUUUUUUUUUGUCAUAAUUUUUUUUGGAAAGUCCAUUGCCUUUUUUUUCCACCGUAUGAUUAAAUUGUGGUUAUCCUGAGGUGCCUGUCAUUGAAUAUGGAAAAAAAAAGGAAAACAACAGAACUAUUAAUCUUCAUUGCAACUGUACAUGUCUUCCAGUAUGAUUGUGUGUGUUUUAUACAUAGAAAUUUUGUGUGUACUGUCUAUAUACCAUGAUUUUUUUUUUCAGAAGUACUUGAAAAAACUCAUUCAUUCGAUAGUGAGAAGAAUGGUAGUAUCGUUGAA